AUGUCUGACGAGGAAUCGAGGGCCAUUGCCGUGAAGACGGUCGCGGCCGUCUUCAUGUGCAUUGCCACCAUCUCCGUGAUGCUGCGUUGCUAUGUCCGUGGCUUCUUAGUAAAGGCAUUUGGAUGGGAUGAUGGUUCGAUGGUGGUCGCAGCGUUAUUCUACGUGAUGUUCUCUGCCUGUAUGAUUGGAGGAACUCUCUAUGGUACCGGUUACCAUUUUGUGAACCUCGAGCCCGUUGAUCGUGUGACGGCCAUGGAGUAUUGGUGGUUUUGCGAGAUUGCAUACUGCUUCGCCUCCAUCUUUUGCAAGAUUUCCAUUUGCAUUUUCUUAUUGCGAAUCACCGUCAAACGAACUCAUAUUUGGAUCCUCUAUAUCGUCAUGGUUUUGACCGUUCUUGCCGGUCUCGUCUUCAUGUUCCUGAUGCUUCUACAAUGCAAACCGCUUUCAUAUUUCUGGACGCGAGCGGCGUUGGACCCUGCUAUCGUGGGCCACUGCAUUAGUAUCGACAUUAUCAUCACCAUGACUUACGUCUACAGCGCAUUCUCCGCCGCGUGUGAUUUCACUGUCGGCAUACUGCCCAUCUUCAUCGUGCACAAGUUGCACAUGAGAAGGGAGGCUAAGUUGGCCGUCGUGGGUAUUCUUAGCAUGGCUUGCGUUGCUUCGUCGGCCGUUAUUGUUAGGUUCCCCUUCGUGAAGACAUUCCGCAACGAAGACUUCCUUUGGGCUACCUACCAAAUCGCUAUCUGGUCUAACAUCGAGGCUGGGCUUGGAAUUACCGCCGGUAGUCUUGCAACACUCCGACCUCUUCUUCGUCACUGGAUGGGCUCGCACACCGACUCGAACUAUCCGUCAGGGUUUCCAGGGCCGUCAGGGUCACGCAAAAAUAGAGCAAGCGCACAGCGAGGGCUACCACUGGGAUCCGUCGACACUAGCCGGCCGGGAGGUUUGAGACCGGACAAGCUGGCAGUCAUGGUCACGAACAUCGAAAGCCAAAAAGACGCGGAAAACACAUGGGCCGGGUCAUCGUCGAGCCCAAGCAGCAGCGAGGAAAGGUUGAACUUCGAACCGUCACCCGCCCCACCCAAAAUUGAAGUGGGCAUCCACCAAACAUUCGAGGUCACGCAAACGUCUGCAGAUGGCGACGAUGGAUCUCAGGGAGCUCGCCACACUGCGCGUGAACAUGUAUAA